UGUUUGGGCUGGCUGGCUGCCAACAGGUCAGGUGUGCGUUUGUUAUUUAUUUUUGUUUUCGACAGGAAGACAGCUCACAUUUGCGAAGAGAUUACCUUUUUGACAUUGACACACUCAGAAGAUUGGUGGAAAAUGUGACAAGAUUGAGAUAUUUAAAGAUUGAGAUGAGGAGUGAGUGAGCGUUGGUUAUUUUAUUUUUUGUUUUCAUCAGAAGAUGGAUUGAAAUUUGUGAUAAAUAGGUAUUCCAGAGAUGAUUGUACCUAAAUGAAGAUCCGAGUUGAAAUGGAAAAAAGCAAGAGAAAACAGGGAUUAUUAUUGUUACGGUAGUUUGGUUAUGAUUCUGCAAGCACCUUUGUCAUAACCUUAACCGCGCUGAGGUGCGGCCAUGUCGACGGGCGCUGAGGAUGCCGAGGUGCGGGUGGAGCCGGUCCCCGAGCCGGACGAGCCCGAGCUGACCGGCUGCGGCGCCUCCAUCUGCUGCGACCCGCGCCGGCCCGUCCACCGGUUCAUGGUGCUGCCGCUCAUCUGCUUCAUCGGAUUCGGUUCGUACUUCUGCUACGAUGGCCCCGGCGCUCUUCAGAAUGACCUGAAGCGGGACAUGGGGAUCAACACGUCGCAAUACUCGCAGCUGUACGCCUGGUACUCGUGGCCCAACGUGGUGCUCUCCAUGGUCGGCGGCUUCCUGAUCGACCGGGUUUUCGGUAUUCGUUUCGGCGCCAUCGUGUUCUCACUGUUUGUGUGUGUAGGACAGGUGAUUUUCGCCCUGGGUGGCAUCGUUGACUUGUUCUGGCUGAUGGUUGCCGGUCGGUUCGUAUUUGGUAUUGGCGGAGAGAGUCUGUGCGUGGCCGUCAACACGUACGCCGUGCAGUGGUACAAGGGCAAGGAGCUCAACAUGGUGUUGGGCCUGACGCUGUCGGUGGCCCGCGCCGGGUCCACCGUCAACUUCAACGUGAUGAAGCCGCUGUAUGACGCAGUCUCGGAGAACUUCGACGGCUACAAGGCCACGGGCGUCACGCUCAUGAUCGCCGGCUCGGCCACCGUGCUCUCGCUGGUCCUCUCCAUCGUCAUGUGGUACUUCGACAAGCGCGCCCAGAUCAUCCUGCGGCGCGACGAAGGCAAGACUGGCGAGGAGGUGCACAUCACCGACGUCAAGGACUUCCCCAUCAGCUUCUGGAUGCUGACCACCAUCUGCGUCUUCUACUACUCGGCCAUCUUCCCGUUCGUCUCGUUCGGACAGGUGUUUUUCAUCCGCAAGUUUGAGAUGUCACCCGCCGAGGCCAACUCGUGUACGGGUGUGAUCUACAUCAUCUCUCUGGUGGCGUCUCCGAUCAUCGGCCUGUCGAUCGACUUCACCGGCCGCAACAUCCUCUGGGUGAUGGCGUCCGUGCUGAUGACGGUCGGCUGCCACGCGCUCAUGGCCUUCAGCUUCGUCAACCCCUGGGUGGCCAUGUCGAUCCUGGGCCUGGCCUUCUCCAUGCUGGCAUCGGCGCUGUGGCCGAUGGUGGCGCUGGUCAUACCCGAGCGGCAGUGCGGCACCGCCUACGGCAUUAUGCAGUCGGUGCAGAACCUCGGCCUGGCACUGGUGAACAUGCUGGGCGGCACCAUCGUGGACAACAGCGGCUACCUGGUGCUGGAGGUGUUCUUCCUCGCCUGUCUCUGUGCCACCAUGAUGGCGGCCAUCGUGAUACUGGUGCACGACGCGGCGCGCGGCGGCUCGCUCAACAUGACGCCCGGGCAGCGACGCCGCUUCGACGCCUGCUCCAAACGCGCGCUGAGUCGACCCGACGACACGGAGCCGCUGGUGACUGAGGAUGACCAGCCUGAACAGCAGUAGCGGUCGCAGAGGAGGCGGAGGAGAAGGAGGCUAGAGAAAAGUCUGAGAAACCCGAGAAGUUCGGCGUCGACAACCUAGCGCUGGACACGACCGCGCUGUAGGACGGCGCGGUCUCCAGUCACCCACCGAUGGAACCCGGCGUCGAGAGCGAGGGCCGGCGGGCCAAACUGCCAGAGUUGGCCGGGGCCGGGCGGGAGUCCCGCCCCGCGACACCAGGGUAUCUGCUCAACAGGGGAGUAUCUUAGCGGGAGCCCUGUAACUCCCUCAGCGUGCCUUGCACAACUAUCGAGGGACAUCAAAGACAUAUAAGCUGGGUCGAGGCCCUCUUAGUUAUCAAUCCCUGUUAUGCUCAUGGAUGCAUAUUUUAAACAUACACAUGUAAUCAUUGCAAUCACAUGUACAUAAUGAUUGCAUCUUCAUACCUGCUUAUCGCAUGUGAAAUGUGCUCGUAAUGCUCGUAUUUAAUGUAUAAUGACGCAUUUUAUUUUCAAUGCUAGCGUGUUUUAUGCGAAUAAAGGCUAUGUUGUACUCGGAUCAUGCAUGCGAUUCAAACAGUUUUCAGUGAUACAUGAAUUUCCUGUUCAGGUUCUUGGACUGUUCCAUUCCAUUAUACCGAUUCAAAUUGCCAUUUUUAUCAUGGAUGAAUUCGCUUCUCCCUCAUGGGGACUUGCCCUGAUUAUAUGUUGUAAUAAAUUUUACACUAAUA